AUGGAGCCUUUUCCUCCUGCUGAUCUGCUGUUCAAGGAGGCCUACUUGGGUCCGCAGGUUCAUAUCAACGAACUGCCUUUAAAUCGACCAGGUCCCCAGAAUGCGUCGAAUCUACGACGGGCGAAUACAGUAGCCCAGGGUGGCAACAUAAUCAAACGAAAUCUAGAACUGAAGGCGGCGCGUGAGAAAACGGCUGGCCUUCGCGCCAAGGACAGCCAUGAGAUUUUGCGACACCAGCUGCAGCGGUCCCAAACAACUCGAGGGCCGCUAGAGGCGCGUCCACCCGGAAGGAAGGCCGGGCAUUUCACAGUAGGAAGCGUCGGCCAGAAUGGCAAAAUCUUCCUCAGACCGAUUGCCAAUCCGCCGCAAAAAGGCCCACAGCCCGAGCCCUUCGCCCCUGUCGAGACCGCAAACCCCAAUCUCCUUCAGCCGCAGCGCCAUGCAACCGUCCGCGAGGACCCGUCCAGGUGGUCGAGCUCGCAGCUCUCAGAGUUACGCCCGCGCGAAGUCCCCCAUCCCGAGUCCGUCCUAUCCGAGUCCCCUGCCCCCGAGCUAUCGAGUCAGCACCGCGCGAGACCGAAUUCCUUCUCGACACUCUCCGAGCAGCAAUCGACCGCUGGUGCUGGGAAGCGGGGUGAGCUGCGGAUCGUGAUUGAUAGAUCGGAGGACCGACCCAGGUCCGCAGGUGAGAAUUCAGCCCACGCGCUGGAGGUUCCUGUUCCUCGUGCUCGAUUUGGGGAGCCGCGGUUUAAUGCCGAAGGUGGUGCAAUGCUGCAAAGCUCAGUCUACUCGCGAACUCCUAUGUCGGACAACUUUCGAAACUCUACCUUGCUUGGGGGCAUGGCGGACCCCUUGCCAGGUCUGCGACAGAGUCCCUACGCCCGUGAUUCUUUCUCGCGGCAUCGGCCGUCUUUUGCCGUGUCGAUGUUUUCGGGUACUGCUGCGAUUGAUCUGAGUCGAGCUUCGCCGAUUCCGAGGAACUCGAUGGUGUAUGAGUUGAAAGAACCGGUUGAACCAUCUAUAUACGAAACGCUGGUAUAUGAUAUGGAUGAUGGAUCCGUUGUUCGAUAUAUUCCUGGCACAAAGGAUAUCAGUGCUGCUACGCCUGCUCGAAUUGUUGCGCAAAUAUCCUCUGAAUCGUUUAUGGACUAUGAGUUGGUUUCGGACUUCUUCCUAACCUUCCGUUCAUACCUCUCCGCCUCCCACCUUUUGGCUCUUCUUCUCGCGAGGUUAGAAUGGGCGAUUAAUCGGCUACAAGACGAUGGUCGCAUUAUUCGGAUUCGAACUUUUGCGGCUUUGCGUCAUUGGAUUCUGAAUUAUUUUGUUGAUGACUUCGUCACGAACUAUGAUCUCCGGACCCACUUUUGUGAUACCAUCAACGCACUGUACCAAAACGUCAAGGCUCGCGAACAUGGCGGCACGAGUGAUCGGAAGAUUCUCAUUGAUCUCAAGCGAUGCUGGAAUGGCAAGUGCUCGGUCUAUUGGUCUUCUCCUGACUUAGCUCGUGCCUACAAUGACUCCGACGUUCCUAUUGUACCUGGAAGCGCUCAGAUCAACUUACCCAAUGCCGAUGAGUUGCACCAAAAUGUUCCCCUUCCUGGCAUGACUCCCCAUGCCGAUACUACCUUCCACGAUAGCUCUCCCCACGCCGCGGCGCAUGAUCGAAACGAUUCUGCCGCAACCGCACAAAGCAUUCCCUUCUCCACGAAAAGUGAACAAAGCUCUAUGUUUGCCUCGAAAGGCAAGGCGCCACGCCCUGUUAUAUUGGGUGGCCUCACCAAAAUCAAAACCCAAACCCCGUCUCACGAACCGCCCAUGUCCCCAAUCUCGCCCAUGGUAACACGACACCCAUAUCACACACAUAGCCAUAAAAGAAGCGGAAGCUUCUCUGACUCGGUUCGAGAUGAUCGAUUGCCAAUGUUUGCCACGGAGCCAGACACAGGAGCUGCGCCGCAGGAGAUGCUGGAUCCCGUCAGUUUAAUUCGCGGAGAGCUGUAUCCCCCCGCGGAAUCAUACAUGGCAAUGAUGGCGCCAGACUCGCCUCCUCUCCCUCCGCCAUCAAAGAAUACGAACCCGGAUCGUCGAAGCACGCCAGAUGUACCCAAGCCGACUGCUAACUCCGGCGUGAGGACCAUCAUUGGUUCGAUCAAGCGAGCGUUGCAUACCAGAAAUGGUGGCCAGAGCGUCUCUGCUCGCAUUGCGAAUGCGUCCGAGGCUAUUUCUUUGCCGUCCCGGGGGAAGACAUCUGCAAUGCCAACCGGUAUGGCUUUUGGUUCGGAGUACUACCGCGAAAGGAAGCUGGCUGCUGUUCCAAAGCGCCCUGCUCGGAUCGACAUACUCUGUGAUCAAGUCUUGAAACAAUAUCGCCAAGCUAUGAACAAGGAUGAACCGAAAGAUGCACAGGUGCCCCCUGCGUCCGACUUCCAAAUGACGCUGCAGGAGCCUGCGUCCAACGCUGCUAAUCUUUCGCCUAUGCAAACCCCCAGGGCUGAGUCGAAGCUUAAAAGUGGAAUUACCAUGGGUAGUGGGUCGAUUGUCAUUGUGGAUGAUACCGGGUUUGAACUACCGUUCAUGACAGGAGCAGCACCGGAACCGACGCUCAAUCCCGAUGAUCUCGCUUCAGAGCCUACGGCGCCGACAGAAUACGAGCCUUCAACUCAAUCCAUACCGGUGGAAGGGGAAUAUCUGCGUCCGAUUUGUUACAACGCCGACGAACCGGGAGCAGCUAUUUCGAGCGAUCUCCCUCCUGCGCGUCCUCUCACGCCACGGAGAUCAUUUUCCACUACACGCGGCUCUACGCCGUCGAUAAAGAAGAAUUCUCUUGCUUUACGGCUUCGAAAGUACGCAUCGUUCCAGAGCGGCGUAUCAAGACAACGCUACUCACAGAGCAGUGAGGCAGCAGAAUCGACUACUGGAUCAGAAGCAACGCAGGAUCAGAAUGGAAAGCACUUGGGGCCAGCUCUUCGCAGGCGGCGAGGUGGAAACCUGCGUCAAAUGCAGACUGGGGAUGAUCUCGAGGACCACCCAGCCCAUGACUCGUUUGGAUCUUGGGAUGCCUCCAUAGCGGACACUGCCCCUUCUGAGAGUGAUGUUUCUAGGCCUCCUUCCACCUUGAUCCCUCCCAACCCUCGGUUCUCGCUCAUCCAGCCUCGUUCUUCUCGGAAGUUCAGACGUUCUUUUGAGUCAGUUAUUGCCAAGUUUGCGCAGAUUCCUGAUGACGAUGAUGGUGGUGUUGAAUCUACGCUGUUGAAACUGGAGGGCAAGUGGAAUGGGCCUGGUAGUGCGAAUCGGAACUCCACGUUUGCGCAAGCUGAGGCUUCUCGAGAUGCUGGUGCGCAUCACUCUCACCGAGAACAGGCCCUGGCCCCGCAUGGCGUUGACACGGCGAAGGCUCAACUUGGUUGGGAUGUUCUCACUCGGAGGAGGCAGACGGACAAGUCUGCGUAUUCUACGGUUGGCGGUCAUCUGGCGCCACCGAGGCCAUACUCUGACUCCGUGACCGAGUCUGAAGAAUCCUAUAAUUCCAUCCCGCUUCUUGAAAGAGGGUUGACUGAUGAGUCCAUGAAACGACCGCCUACAAGCCAACCGGCGCACUACGAUCAGUAUGAUGCUCCGCUCAAUCUCAUUUCCAGCCGGGAUAUGUCCGAUAAUGCUUCCUCGCACCCCUCGAUUCAGAUCGUGCACGAAACCGAGAGCAUGCGGCGGAUUCCCCGCGGCUCAACCGUUCCCACGUCAGGAUUACUUGGUGACGGUCAGGUUACUCCAAAGCGCUUGUCGGCUCUUUCCUCUGAAAUGUCAGUCGAUAUCAUUGAUCCGAAUGAAGCUAUGGGUGCACGACAGUCCACCGAUACUCGCAGUCUGAGUUCAUCAACUGUCGAGAUUCCACCUCACCCCCUGGCGCACCCUCCCUCCCCGCCUAUGACUAUUCAACAUCCGGGCUCGUUCACGUCCUGCGCCUCGCCAAUGGAUAAAGUUCUGUUCCAAACUCAUCCUCUUACGCCUGAGACAUCCCCCAGGCACAAAGAUAUGACAGGCAUUGCUCAACGCCCGAUCAAUAUACAGCAGAUUUCAAGCAAUGUCUUGUUCAAUUCAGAAAACCACCAUCCCGCCCAGAACCCCAUCACCAUCCUCGCGCCGCCCGACCACGUCCCCUUUGUUCUCGCCUGCGAAUCCCAAGUCCUCGCCCACCAAUUAACCGUAAUAGAAAUGGCCGCGCUAAGCGAGAUCGACUGGCGGGACCUAUUCCUGACGACCGAAGAACGCAAAGGCAUCGACCUAGUCGUCGGCCGUUUCAACCUUAUGGUGAAAUGGAUCCUAUCCGAGAUCGUGCUGACCCGCGACGUCAACGAGCGAGCCCGCACAAUCGUCAAAUACAUCCAUACCGCCGCGCAUGCACGUCGCAUCUGCAAUUACGCCACCAUGCUCCAGAUCGCCAUCGCCCUGUCCUCAUCUGACUGCACGCGCCUGCAGAAGACGUGGCAGCUUAUCCCCUUGGAGGAUAAGCGGUUGUUCAAAGAUAUGGAGUGUCUCAUCCAGCCGGUGCGCAACUUUAAUGAUUUGCGCGUCGAGAUGGAGACGGCCAAUUUGCAGGAAGGAUGCAUUCCUUUUAUCGGUCUAUAUGUACACGACCUUACCUAUAACGCUCAGAAACCCGCCCAGAUCAGCAGUAGUGACGGUGGUCUACUGGUCAACUUCGAGCGGUAUCGCACUGCAGCUCGCAUCGUUAAAAGCUUGCUUCGUCUCAUUGACGCCAGCACGAAAUACCGUUUCCAGCCCGUGCAGGGUAUCAUCGAGCGAUGCUUGUGGAUUGGAUCUCUCCCCGAGGAGGAGAUCCAAGCUCGCAGCAAGGCACUUGAAUAA